AGAGAUAUAAUGGCAGCUCCCCCAGCCCAUGGGGUAGGAAAGGGGGAUGGGGCUGCCCCGCCCAGCAGUCAGUGGGGAAUCUUUUUCCCUAGUAAUGGUUAAACAAGCGGGGCGCAGUGGACCUCCCCCUACGGGCUCAGAAUUUACAAAGCAAAUAUUAUGCUUUCGCCCCCACCCCCAUGCGCGCACACACUCCCUGCUCCUAAUUUAGGGCAUGUCUUCACUACCAGCCGGAUAGACGGGGCAGUGAUCAAUUCAGCAGGGGCUGGAUUUAUCGCAUCUAGUAUGCGAUAAAUCCACCGCCGAUCACUUUCCUGUUGACUCCGGUACUCCACCUCAAGGAGAAGCACAAGGGAAAUCGAUGGGAGAGUGUCUCCCGUGGACACACCACAGGGAAGACACCACGAUGUCGGUGACCUUCGAGGAGGUGGCUGUGUACUUCACGGAGGGGCAGGGGAUUCUGCUGGACCCCGGUCAGAGAGCUCUCUACAGGGACGUCAUGCAGGAGAAUUAUGAGAAUGUGACCUCACUGGGACUCCCCGUUCCCAAACCUGACCUGAUCACCCAGCUGGAAGCAGGGGAAGAGCCGUGGGUCCCAGAUCUCCAAGCUUCUGAGGAAAGGAAGAUCCCAAGAGACACCCACACAGCAGGUGACAAGACAGUGAGUGAGAACGAAGAGGGGAAUCCACAGCAGGAAGGUCCUGAGCAACUGGAAAUGCAGUGGACCAUUUUGAGAUCUGACAGUAAUUUUUCCCAGUGCUUGGAACAGAGAAAAGCCUGGAGUAAUUGGCACAGGUCAGAGAGAAAACUGGGAAACAGCCCAAGGAAGAAAGUGGAUGAAUCCAUUGAAUGUGGGAGAGGAGGCAAUGGUCCCAAGGAAACCACAGCCCUGCAGACAAAUCACAAAAAAAAGAGAUCCUAUAAAUGCUUGGACUGUGGGAAAAGCUUCAGUCGGCUGUCUGGCUUUAUAAAGCAUGGGAGAAUCCACACAGGAGAGAGACCCUAUGAAUGCUUGAAGUGUAGGAAAACUUUUAGUCAGCACUCAGGCCUUGUUAGCCACGGGAGAAUCCACACAGGAGAGCGACCCUAUAAAUGCCUUGAGUGUGGGAAAAGCUUCAGUCAGCUCUCAGGCCUGAUUUGCCACAGGAGAAUCCACACGGGAGAGAGGCCAUAUAAAUGCUUUGAUUGUGGGAAAAGCUUCAGUGCACCAUCAGCCCUUAUUGUACAUCAGAGAAUCCACACUGGAGAGAAACCCUAUAAAUGCUUGGACUGUGGGAAAAGUUUCAGUCAGAGCUCUGGUCUUACUAGCCAUGGGAAAAUCCACACGGGAGAGCAGCCAUAUAAAUGCCUUGAUUGUGGGAAAAGCUUCAGUGCACCAUCAGCCCUUAUUAUACAUCAGAAAACACACAUGGGAGAGGAAUCUUUAAAAUGCUUGGACUGUGGGAAAAGUUUCAGUCAGCGCUCAGGCCUUAUUAAACAUGGGAGAAUCCACACGGGAGAGAAACCCUUUAAAUGCUUGGACUGUGGGAAAAGUUUCAGUGAGAGCUCAAGCCUUAUUAAGCAUGGGAGAAUCCACACGGGAGAGAAACCCUAUAAAUGCCUGGACUGUGGGAAAAGUUUCAGUCAGAGCUCUGGCCUUAUUAGCCAUAGGAAAAUCCACUCAGGAGAGGGACCAUAUAAAUGCCUUGAGUGUGGGAAAAGUUUCAGUGCACCAUCAGCCCUUAUUAUACAUCAGAGAACCCACACGGGGGAGAAACCUUAUAAAUGCUUGGACUGUGGGAAAAGUUUUAGUCGCACCUCAGGCCUUAUUAGCCAUGAAAGAAUCCACACGGGAGAGAAACCCUUUAAAUGCUUGGACUGUGGGAACAGUUUCAGUCAGCACUCAAGCCUUAUUAAGCAUGGGAGAAUCCACACGGGAGAGAAACCCUUUAAAUGCUUGGACUGUGGGAACAGUUUCAGUCAGCACUCAAGCCUUAUUAAGCAUGGGAGAAUCCACACGGGAGAGAAACCCUUUAAAUGCUUGGACUGUGGGAACAGUUUCAGUCAGCGUUCAAGCCUUAUUAAGCAUGGGAGAAUCCACACAAGAGAGAAACCCCAUAAAUACUUGGAUGAAGGGAAAAGCUUCAGUCCCAGCUCAUAAUUUCAUAAACAUCUGAGAAUCCACAUGGGCCAGAAUUUAUAAAUGCUUUAACUUUGGAAAAAGUUUCAAUUGAAGAUCAAACCUUGCUUGACAUCAGACAGUCCACACACGAGAGAGAACCCUUGGUUUGUGGGAAAAGCUUCAGUAACUCCAGGGAAAGAUUCAGUCUGAGCUCACGCAUUAUUCCCCAUCAGAUAGUUCACAAAAGAAAGAGCUUGAAUGUGGGGGGAAGCUUCAUUUGGUGCUUACAGGGCAUCAAGCAUCAGCAAAUCCACACAGGGAGGAGCCUCUCAGAUGUCCUUAGCAUGGAAAAUGCUUCAGUUGGAGCUAACACCAUAUUGGACAUCAGAGACUCCUCCACACUGGAGAGAAAUUCUCUCAGUGCCCUGACUAGGGCUGGCCUCAGUAAAAACUCCAUUUCCUAAUUCCCACACACCGCAGUGGCAUUUGGCUUCCAGGUUUCCAACUGCCUGCCUCUAGGGGCAGGUUCCAGCAGCAGCUGAUUAGUGACCCUCUGGCUUUGCCUGGUCUAAGCAAACCCCAGGCAGAGGAGGAGAAGUCCCAGUCAGCCUCUCCACCCUGCUGCAGCCCUGGCUGCUGAACUGAUGGGCCUUCCUGCCUCCUGGGAACCUGCUGGGGGAAGGGAGAGAGAAACUGCCUUUGACACUACACCUCAUAUUCGUCAUAGUAACAUUGCUAUGAUAUUAUUAUGGCAUAAUUAUGAUGCAUUUUGUACAAGAUGGGUCAUGUAAGGUGUCAUUGGAAAAAUUCUGAUUUGCUGAAUAUGAGGAUCCUAUUUGUAAGCAUGUAUCAUCUUGGUAUCUGAAGUUAUGAAUCGUGACUAUGGCCUUGUCUACACUGGCACUUUACAGCGUUGAAACUUUCUCACUCAGGGGUAUGAAAAAGCUCCCCCUUGAGCGAUGCAAGUUUCAGCGCUCUUGUUAGCUACGCCCCUUGUGGGGAUGGUUUUUUUAGAGCGCUGGGAGAGCCGCGGGAGUGCUUUGACGUUGCUAGUGUAGACAAAGCCUAUGUGUCUUUAUUUCAAAUGUAGUUACACCUGGGCGACAUGCACUAGGCAAGAUGCUUCCAGUCUAGACAGCGCGUUGGGAAGGGCCUAUGUUAGGUAAUGGGCCAUCAGGGGGAACAAUAGGCCUUAGGAGAAUCUUAUCCCCCACCUGGUGAGCCUUCCUGAGAACGCUCCAGACAGCCUAUGAGCAAUGGGUGCUGUGACUCAGCAAGGUAUGCCAUGGCAUAUGACCAGACCACAUGACACUGAUCUUUGUUUUGGGGACCUGUGUUUUUCCACAAACUGGUCUGGGAACCAAGUUUGAAAGAAAGGGUUUCUGCCAUAUGGAAAAGCUAUGUAAGGCAGGGAGUGACCUCAUUGGUGGUGGUUCACUCUCCCACUGCUGAACACCUGAAAGAAGCUCCGAAAGAAAAUGACUUGGAACAGGGGUAGGGAGCUCAAGCUGCAAAGCAGGUGCAGCUUGUGCCUUCAGCAUCUGUAAGUCUGAUUGUAUCAUCAGUCAGGAUGAAAAAUUGUUAGUUCAUAUCCAAACUUUCUAGUCUUUUAGGCUUAGUUUGAGGUUUGGUUUAUUUACUAGGUAAUCUGCUUUGAUCUGUUUGAUAUAAUUUAUAUUCAACUUCGAUUUUUCUGUAGUUAAUAAUCUUGUUUUAUGUUUUCAUCUGAACCAGUGUGCUUUUGAGUGAAGCGUCUGGGGAAAAUCUGCAGCCAGAACCUGGGAAAGGAAGAUUAGGGAACAGAUGGACACACGCACAGAAUUUUUCUGAUUAUCAUCUCACUGACCCUCCCCCCAGUCACUAGGUCAGUCUGUGCAGAGUCAGGUGAUAAUGGUGAUGUCACAGUCCCUGAUGUGGUCUUUCAAGGGGAUCUCUACUACCCCCGAUUGGCUUUUUUCGGUUGGCCCCUAGGAUCUAAUGAGGCCUAGCAGUUUGCAUCUGUUCUUUUGGGCUGUGUCUCUAGAGACAGCCCAAUAGUAAGAGGACUCCAUUGUCCCAGCCCUUUCUGCCAUGCCCGCCCACUGUCUCUGUGCUCUCUCCUUUUAUAGCAGGUCUUGCCUCCCUUACUGGUUGCAGCUGUGGGAGCCUGCCUCUGUUAUUGGUAGUAGAGGCAGCUGUGUUGGGGUGUGAUCAGGCUGCUUGCUUGCAGGCAGGAGGGGCUCCCCUCCCCCUAAAAACCUCAGUAUGGGGUUUGUAGAUUCCCCUUUAGAAGUAGACAGGAGUGAAAGUGUAUCAUUUUUUAGGCCUGCUCUAAAAUGCUCAGGCUGUCUCUGAAUACACAGCUGCUUUCUGUGCUCACCUAUUGGACACAUCUCCCAUCUCCCUCCAGUUCUGCUUGCAUUCCCUAGGCCAGCUUCUCCACUAGGGAUUCCCUGGUUCUAAUCACAAAUUUAAUGAAUGCAUUAUUUUUUUAACAAGUGUCAUCAGCAUGGAAGCAUGUCCUCUGGAACAGUGGCCAAAGCAUGAAGGGGCAUACGAAUGUUUAGCAUAUCUGGCACGUAAAUACAUUGCAGUGCUAGCUACAGAAAUGCCAUGCAAAUGCCUGUUCUCAUUUUCUGGUGACAUUGUAAAUAAGAAUGUGGAGGAAGGGAUGAAGAAACAGACACAAAUCUUUCUCCCUCACCCACAGUCUCUGUCAGUCUCCGUAUCUGGUGGGGAAUUAAAGUAAAACCAGACCAUUGAGGCUGUGAGCAGGAAAUCUCCCUCCCCCAGCAGCUUCCCCCAGGGCAAUGACCCAAUGCCUCCUGCACCAGCAUACAGAGGCUGAAUGUCCAUCUGAUAGUGGCUCGGGGGCCAGGUUGGAAUGUGCUGGGAUCUCAGCCUGGGCCCUAGUGGGGCAGGUGACCCCAUCUCACACAACCAUACCUAGCAAGGCCCGAACUGAUUUUCUCCCUUUUUGUCAGCCCCAGCAGAGACACCAGGGACUCAUUGGCCCACGGAGACCAAGCUCCUGUCCCCUGGGUGAGGGCUGGGGCCCAAUAGCCAAGGGCAGUGGGAGUGAGGGGAUCUUGCACUAGGGGUCCUGCACUGCACAGGGUGUGGGAUAAACAGAGAGCUGUAGGGGUCCCUGGUUCUGUGCUGGCCAAGAGGGCAGCUGUCACAUUUGUUCUUAGCCUGGUGGCUACUGCUUCGGUUUCCCUGCACAGUCUCCCCAGCUCUUGUGGACUCCUGGCUCUUUGCAGAUGGCAGCGGAUGUGCAGGGAGCUGGCCCUAGGGCUCCUACUCUGUACAGGGGAUGGGCUAACCAGAGAACUCCAGGCCCCAAGGCUCUCAGGCCACUUGUCCAGUCUGGCUUCAGGAGGAGAUCUGGGGACAGACAGAGGGGGCCUGGGUGACUCUGGGGAGCAGCCAGCUGGACCAGAAAGGGAACUCCAGCUGUGGCGAGAAUGGAGCACUUGCCAGGGAUGUGGUUAGUUACAAGGGGUACCAUACAGCUGGUACAAUGUUGCAGCUAUUUAAUGCAUUGCACUGUGGAAUUCAUACGUUUUUGCAGCUGGAUCGUGUGAACUGAAAUUAUUUUCUUUAAGAGGAAGGCCAGCACUGCUCCUGUUUUGCUGGAUAAUGCAUGGCUGGAGAUUUCUAGCCAUCAGUCACACUCCUUCAUUCUGCAGCUCUUUCAUGGCUAGGCACUGCAUCCAAGAGUCUAUUGCAGCAAAGUGGCUUUGAGAUCAGAUGAACAGUGAAUCUGGGGAGUGGACCUUCUGGAACCAGAACAGGAGCUGCAGCUGCAAUGGGAAAGGCGUGCUGAGCAGAGAUGCUGCUGGGGAAGCAGCUGGUUACUUCAUGAGCAAUGGGAUACAAUAUUGUUACAGAUCCUGACUCAUACUGUGAUGAGACACAUUGUCAUGAGUAUGUAAGGCUAACUGGUUACACGGUUGUAAAUUUCCUUCUAACCAGUCAGUCUUCCUGCUUCUUGGCAGUCAGAGGCUGUCCGCUCUGGUGGAUGAGCUUAGGCAGAGGAUCUCACUGCUUCUGGGUUUUUUUUAGCUGGUGAACGUAUUGCCUGAGAAUUGUAGUCAUCAGUCAGACACAUGUGACAUGUAGUUACUUUUGGCUGACAGAAGUGGCCUCCAGGAGCUUUGAGGAGGAGGCUGGAGAGAUGAAUCCCUCAGUCCACUUGACUUGCAGCUGACUGUGCCAAUGAGACAGUUCCCAGACUGCUUAGUGGAGCAGUGGGAUGGGGGAGUGGGGAUGCUCUCCAAUGACAAGGACAAAACACGUGGGCUGUGGUACAGUGAAACAAGCCAGAAGCCGUGAGUAAAAAUCAUCUCACUUCUAAUGAGUGCUGUUUGUGUUUGCAGACACUUCCCAGCUCUUAUGGCUGACCAAGACUUCAUAUCUCCAGCCCUAGAACGCAAUCUAGUAUUGGACACCUUUGCAGCUCAGUGUGCUAAUAAGUUAACAGAGAAGUUGCACAAGGUCAAAAUGGGGACUAGAACUAGGGUCUCUAGUGUGGAAGCCCCAGGUAUUAGCUACUCAUCCCCACUGGCUUUAGUCUCAAAGUGUCAAAUAUAUGUUCUUUGGCUUUCCUGUUGCUAACCAUUUCACCACACCAGAGGUACCAGAAUAGGGGGGCCAUGGCCCCAUCACUUUUAAAAGACUUUUUACUGGUCAUAAGAGUGAGAAACAGUGGGAGGGGGCCUCAUGGAGGAAGGGGCAGGCAAGGGUGGGGCCUCAUGGGGAAGGGGUGUUGCAAGAGUGGGAGCUUGAGGGGAAGGGAUGGCACAGGGGUGGCAGGAAUGGGGCAGUGCAAGGGGAGGGGUGAUGGUUCCCCCCCCACACUUUUAAGGAGCUUCCCUCACCCUCCACCCAGAGGAGUCAGCAAUAGGAACCCAGAGUCCUGAUCAAAAAUGUUCUACUGAUGACUAGCAAAUACUUGUGUAACCCACUGGCAAAGCAUGUGUCCUGUCCCUGCUGGUGGCUGAUCCACACACAGCACAGCAACUACUGUAUUCCCAGAGCUGAAGUGGUGGGGUGCGCGUUGGGGAUCUGAAGAGACGAUUCAAAUCCUGUAGCCGAUCCAGGGGGAGGGGAACUUUGAAGUUCAGUGUGUUUUGUAUUUGUUUCUAUUUUGCUUUUUUUUAAAAAAAACUUUGUUGUUGUUUUUAAUGGUUUAUUUUAGGGUUGUCGAUUAAUCACAGUUAACUCACGCAAUGAACUAAAAAAUUGUGAUUUAAAAAGUUAAUCAUGAUUAAUCACACUGUGAAACAAUAGAAUAUCAAUUGAAAUUUCUUAAAUAGUGUGGAUGGUUUUUCUACAUUUUGAAAUAUAUUGAUUUCAAUUACAACACAGAAUACAAAGUAUACUGUGCUCAGUUUAUAUUACUAUUUUUGAUUACAAAUAUUUGCACUGUAAAAUGAUAAAAUAAAUAGUAUUUUUCAGUUCCCUCAUUACAAAUACUGUAGUGCAAUCUCUUUAUCAUGAGUAAAAAGAACAGGAGUACUUGUGGCACCGUAGAGACUAACAAAUUUAUCAUGAGUGUUGUACUUACAAAUGUAGAUUUUUUUUUUGUUACAUAACUGCACUCUAAACCAAAACAAUAUAAAACUUUAGAGCCGACAAGUUGACUCAGUCCUACUUCGUGUUCAGCCAACUGUUAAGACAGACAAGUUUGUGUACAUUUACAGCAGCUAGUCCAAGCCACCCCCUUGCUGCUGCAGCCUCUCGCUCUCCCAGGCAGCCUCCGGCCAUGCUGCCUCCCUGGAAUGCUGCCCGGUGCAGUGCAGCAGCUGCCCGGGAGAGUCCAGCCACUGCGCUGUACUGGGCAGCGUCCAAGGCGGGCAGCGGGGCCGGAACUGGAAGAGGAAAGGCUCUGACCCCGCCUCUUCCAUUCCGGUUCUGCCUGCUGGCCCCUUGCCCCCCCUGUGCGUUGUGGGGAGGGACGUGUGACCCACUCAUGCCCCACCCACGCGUCGCCACGGCGUGGCCCCAUCCCCAGCCUAGAGAGAUGGGAGCAGCUGGUAGCAUCAGAGGGAGAGCAUUUCCCCAAUCCAGGAAGCAGUGAGCAGCUCCAGUGGGAGAGCCCAGCCCUGUCCAAAGGAAAGGUAAUAUACUGGAGAAGAGCGAUGAGGCAAACCCCCGGUACCGGGGUAAAGCAGAGGGAUGUGUCAGCCCUCAGGGCAGAGAGCUUUGUUCGGGUGCUGCUCAGGGAGAAUGUUUCUGUUCCUCAGCAUAGGCAUGAACUCAGCGCUAAGGUUGGUGUCAGGAGUGUUUAUGUAGGGUGACUAGAUAGCAAUUGUGAAAAAAUGGGACAGGGGGUGGGGGAUAAUAGGCGCCUAUAUAAGAAAAAGUCCCAGAAAAGGGACCGUCCCUUUAAAAACGGAACAUCUGGUCACCCUAUGUUUAUGUGACUUCAACUUGGGAUCUCCCCAGGAGUUUCAGAGCCUUGGUGGGAGUUGGGGGUGGCACCAGGUCCUGCUGCCUGUGUCCCUGUCCCCUCCGUGGCCCCACCCCACUCCUCUUCCUGCCAAGGCCCCACCCCUUGGACAGGCUGAGAACCAUGGCUGUUGUGGAGACCCCCUGACCUCCACCUGUUCUGGGUGGAUUUCUGGGGGGCCUGAGAGCAGCCCCCGGCCCAUGUCCCCGCUUCCUGGAGUGUGCCACCCAGGGCAGGUGGAGGGACCGUGGCUCCCCAUUGCAGCCCAGGCU